AUGAAGGUGGUGCGCGAUUCGAAGUUUAGGCAUGUCUUUGGCAAUGCCACCAAGGAGAGCUUUCAGGACCUCCGCCUGUCUUCCAAGCCCUUGGAGACCACGGGCAUUCGUGGCAAUUCGAAGUUCGUGUGCUUCCCAUGGGAGUCCGGUGGCGGUGGCACUUUAGCAGUGAUUCCUGCGACGCAGUUCGGCCGAUUGCCUCGGGAGACGCCGCUCGUGGCCGGUCACACAGGAGGCAUUAUGGACUUCGAGUUCAGCCCCUUCGACGACCACCUCCUGCUAAGUGCCAGCGAAGACUUAACCAUGAAACUCUGGCAGAUCCCAAGCGAUGGGCUCAAGCAGCACCUGAAGGAUCCGCUGCUGACGCUGGAGGGCCAUGGGAAGAAGGUCUCCUUUAGCACCUUCAACCCCUGCGCAUCGAAUAUCGUGGCCUCCACCGCCUUCGACCUGACCUGCAAAGUCUGGAAUCUCACGGAGCAGGAGGCAUCCUUCAGCAUCCCAGUGCCGGAGCAGGUCAUGCACAUCAAGUGGAACUACACCGGUUCCCUGCUGGCCGUGACCUGCAAGGACAAGAAGCUCCACAUCGUCGACCCCAGGCAGAGCAAGAUGACGGCGGCUUGCAAAAUAUGCGAUGGCCCAAAGCCGACAAAGGUGGAGUGGCUUGGCAGCUCGACGAAUCCGGAGGAUUGCAACAUGCUCGUCACCACGGGCUUCUCGUCACAGGCCGAGAGGCAAAUCAACCUCUGGGACAUGAGAAAGCUGCCUGCAGAUGGCCAGGAGAGCGUGUCGGCAAUGGCUUCCCUGAACGUCGACCAAGGGACUGGGGCCUUGUACCCGUACUUCGACCCAGGCACGCAGAUGCUUUACAUCGCCGGCAAAGGCGACAGCAACGUUAGAUUCUUUGAGGUGACAAACGCAGACCCAUUUCUCCACUACCUCGAGGCAUACAAGUCAACUGUUCCGCAGAAGGGCUUCGAUUUCCUCCCAAAGCGGUGCGUGGAUGUCAGCGUCCACGAGGUCAUGCGUGGCCUCAAGCUGGAAACUAGUUCCAUACAGCCGGUGUCCUUCCGCGUGCCGCGGAAGAGUGAAGCCUUCCAGGAGGAUAUCUUCCCCGACUGUCCUGCUGGACUUCCCAACAUGAACGCCGACGAGUGGGUUUCCGGCCAGGAGUGCAAACCUCCAACGCUCACCCCGAUGAGGCCGGGCACCAUGCGGACGCAGGGCAAUGCUAGCAGCGCUCCAGCGGUGGUGUCUGUGAAAGAUCUGAAGAAACAGCUUGCGGAGGCGCAGGCGCGGAUCACGGUGCUGGAGGCGGAGAAUGCAUCGCUGAAGGAGGAGCUUGCAAAGGCGAAAGCCGGCUAG